AUGUUCAGUCUUCAGUUAGGGGCAUUUAAGAGCUCGCAGGCCGAGAGCUCGGAUGGGGUUCCUGUCAUCGACGAAGAUCUAGUGGCUCCUCUUUCCAGCUUUAGCUCUCAGCUGGCAGACUGGGCUCACCAAACAUGGAGGAUGUUUUUUGUGUUCUGGUGGGGAGAUAUCCAUAACCACUACGACGUAUAG